GCACCAGCAGCAGCAGUCAGUCGGCUGUCGGCUGUCGCACACGACGCUCCUCUCCGUGCACGCACGUUGCGCACGUCACCGCGGCACGCCCGCCCUGUCCCCGCGCCCACGCACACGCGUGCGCCGCACGCCCGUGUGGCCCGGCGCGCCCGGCCCUACUGCAGUGAAAGUGUGUGGCGUGGCGUGAAAGUGCUGCCCUCCCCGCCGGUACGGCGCGGCGCUCCGGACAAGGAUUACCUCGAGCACGGCGAGCAACGCGGCGACAAACGCUCCGCACCCAAAGCAGACGCGGCCCGGCCCGGGCUCAAAGCCGAGGAGCAGCAUGGACAAGAACAGAAACAAGGCAGCCACACCAGAUGUCGUCGCCGAGGACGACGGCGGCUGGUUCUCCUCCUGGAAGCUGCCCACGCUGCCGGACCUGCUCGCGUUCCCAGCGGCCACCCUGGGCUGGCCCUCGGGCGGCACGGCCGACCCCAGCCAGCCUAGCCAAGACGGCUGUCCCGUGGUCAAGGUCAAGGAUGGCUUCCUCCGCGGCCGGACCCUCCGCACCGAGGGUGGCACCACGUACUACGGGUUUCGCGGCGUGCCGUACGCCAAGCCGCCUAUCGGAGACCUGAGAUUCAAGGCUCCCCAGCCUCCAGAACCAUGGCUGGACGUACGCGACGCAGGCCAGGAGGGCAGCUACUGCACGCAGCCCAUGGUCAAGGUCAAAGUCCAGCCGAGAUCGUGGUCCUUCAAGGACGUUUCGGCCUUCAUGGCCACCAUGCCGACGCUCCUGCGUCGCGUCGGCAAGAUGUUCCGCCAGAGUGAGGACUGCCUGUACCUGAACGUGUACUCGCCAGAGCUGCCGCGCGGCGAGUCCGCCCCCCUGAGGCCGGUGCUCUUCUGGAUCCACGGCGGCGGCUUCCUCGUCGGCGAUGGCGACAGCGACAUCUUCGGCCCGGACUACUUCGUGGACCAGGGCAUCGUGGUCGUGUCCAUCAACUACCGGCUUGGGCCGUUCGGCUUCCUGUCGGUGGGAACGGAGGAGGCGCCGGGCAACGCCGGCAUGAAGGACCAGGUCAUGGCGCUGCGCUGGGUGCGCGACAACAUCGCCGUGUUCGGCGGCGACCCCGGCCGCGUGUGCGUGUACGGCGAGAGCGCCGGCGCCGUGGCGGCGCACCUGCACACGCUGUCGCCGCUGUCCAGGGGCCUCUUCCACGCCGCCAUCAUCGGCUCGGGCUCGGCGCUGCACGAGUGGGCCAUGAGCAACAAGGGCCUCGGCACGGCCCGCGAGCUGGCCAAGACCCUGGGCAUCGAGGCCUCGGAGCCCGACGAGGUCGUGGCCGCCCUGCGGAAGGAGAGCGCCGACCGGCUUAUUUCGGGCGUCAUCAAGAUGAACAUUGACGCCCGGUUCAUCGGGCACGAGCUGGUCUUCUUGCCCGUCGUCGAGCCACCGGGCAAGGACGCCUUCCUCACCGAGGAGCCCGAGGACAUCCUCCGGGAGGGCCGCCAGGCCGACGUUCCCAUCAUCAUCGGCGUCAACAACAGGGAGGGCGGCCUCUGGCUAGUGGGGAACCCCACCACAGGAAGGCAGAACCCAACAUCCGCGUCAGAGAUUGCCACGCUGAGAAGUCGGCUGGCGAACGAAAUGUUCCUGACGGACGAGAUGCACUCGUCCCUGACCCCGGAGAAGCGCGCCGAGUGCCACAAGGAGAUCAUGGAGUUCUACUUCGGCGAAAAGACACUGACUAAGGAGACAAUGCCGCAGUUCCUUGACCUCUUCGGAGAUUUGUGCUUCAUCAAUUCCCUGUAUGUUUGCACGCGACUACAUGCGGCCAAUGAGAAAACACCUGUAUAUGUGUAUUACCUUUCAUACGAAGGAAAGCUUGGUUUCUUCAAACGUCUCUUAAAGCUUAAGAUUCCAGGCAUGUCACAUGGCGACGAACUUGGCUAUAUUUUCCGAGUCACACUCCUACCAGAAAUACCCCUUGGACCUGAGAACCCUGAUCUCAUCUUCCGGAACAGAAUGAUCAAAAUGUUCACCAACUUCGUCAAAACUGGCAACCCCACGCCGAGCGAGUCAGACGUCGGCGUGACGUGGUCGCCGUCCUGGCAGCCGGACACCGCCAGAAUGGACUACCUGGACAUUGGCGAGUCGCUCCGCAUGCGACACGACCCGCCCUCGGAGCGCAUGCACUUCUGGGACGGGCUGUACCGCAGGUACUUGGGCCGCACAAUCCUCUCCUAGCGACAGCUCGGCUCGUCCGGCUCGGGCGGGUCGGCGACGCUGGUGGCCGGGGAAGUCCCCCCGGACGCCGACGAGCCGGAGGGUGCGAGACGCCCCAGCCUGCUGCAGAGACUCCCGGACGUGGCGUCGACGCUGGGCGCGGCGCUGAGCGACAGGCUGAAGCAGGGCCUGGACAAGGUCGACGCGCUGGUGACGGAGGGCGCCGCGCUGCUGCCCACGUCGGCGUCGUCGAGACUCCGAUCCUGGGCGGACAAGGCUGCCUGCUCGGCCAGCCAGUUCAAGGCGUACGGCCGGGCAUUCCUGGCGUCAGGCGCCGCGGCGCCGGCCGGCGAUGGGGAGGGCUCCGGGCCGGUUACCGAGCCCGCCUAGUGCCUGGGGCUGGACCCCAAGGCCACCAUUGUUGAUGCUGACGAGAACACUGGACGGCGAGGGACUGACGUAUCAAGAGAAAAGACUAAGUGAGUGUUUGCUCGCAAAGGCUGUGACCGCUGAAAAACUAGAGAUUUUAAAGACAAGACUGAUCAUACUAUAAUGACCAUUCUGGAUCCCUUUUUUGCUCAUAAAUUUUGCUGUUCAGAAGAAGCAUGAAAUUUGUUAAGUGUGGCUGAGAAAUAUUUCCCGCGACACCACACUGUGUGCGUUCCCACAUAAACUCAAUGCACAUUUUGACCAAAUCACCUGAACCCGUUAUAUUUUUGUAAACAUUUUUGUAGAUUUGUACAAGUUUUGCGCUUUGUAAAUAUUGCCACAAAAACGGUUUGCCGUUAUUAUUCAUUAAAAUAUAUGUUGCGAAA